AUGGGCAGAUCUCCAUUUUUCAAGUCAUUUGGUGCUAGUUUCUUUCUCAUCCGCUUAUUUAAAGCCACCUGCAAUCUCCGCAUUUCCCGAUCAUUGGUGUAUCCUUAUGACUUUAGACUAACAGAGAAAGAGAAAACUAGUAUCUGCUACUUGUCCUUUCCAGACUCCUACUCAGGUGGCCUGGGAGAUACUCAAUUUAGCUUCCGCCUUCGUCAGUCUGGGGGACAGAGGACCACUCAUUAUGAGGAUGAUGGCGAGUACAAUAGAGAAGCACCCCUAACGCUGCAGCGGGAGUCAGCUCAUUACUUCGGUUACGUAUACUUCAGGCAAGUCAAGGACAGCUCGAUGAAGAGAGGUUAUUUUCAGAAGUCUUUGGUGCUGGUGUCACGCCUUCCAUAUGUGAACUUGUUCCAGUCGUUGCUGCAGCUGAUUGCUCCAGAAUAUUUUGACAAGCUGGAGCCAUGCCUGGAGGCAGUAUGCAAUGAGAUUGAUCAGUGGCCUCCUCCUGUGCCAGGACAGACUCUGAACCUUCCAGUGAUGGGAGUUGUCAUUCAGGUGAGAAUCCCAUCAAGGGUGGAUAAGCCAGGAUCAAGCCCAGUGAAGCAGUUCAAUCAAGAGAAUCUGUUACCAGCACCAUUGGUUCUCCCCAGUAUUCACGAACUGGAUCUUUUCAGAUGUUUCCAGCCAGUGCUAAUUCAUAUCCAGAUGUUGUGGGAGCUGAUGUUACUAGGAGAGCCAAUUGUUGUAAUGGCACCAUCCCCUACGGUUUCUUCAGAAAUGGUUUUAGCACUUACCAGCUGCCUUGCUCCACUGAGGUACUGUUGUGACUACCGCCCCUAUUUUACUAUCCACGACAGUGAAUUCAAAGAGUAUACCACCAGGACGCAGGCACCGCCAAACAUUGUUGUGGGAGUCACAAACCCUUUCUUUAUCAAAACUCUCCAGCACUGGCCACACAUUCUUCGGGUUGGGGAGCUCAGACUGUCAGGAGACCUGCCCAAGCAAGUUAAGGUGAAGAAGCUUGCUAAACUGAAAACUCUAGACACAAAACCAGGAAUCUACACUUCAUAUAAAACAUUUCUUCACAAAGACAAAACCCUGAUAAAAAGAUUACUGAAGGGCAUUCAGCGGAAGCGCCCGUCUGAAGUCCAGAGCGCGCUUUUGAGGCGUCACCUCCUGGAGCUCACCCAGAGCUUCAUUAUUCCCCUGGAGCAUUAUAUUGCAAGUCUGAUGCCUCUGCAGAGGGCCAUUACUCCAUGGAAGAAUCCUCCACAGGUUCGUCCUUUCCGUCAGGAAGAUUUCAUGAAGACCCUUGAGCAUGCUGGUCCCCAACUUACCUGUGUACUUAAGGGUGACUGGUUAGGCCUCUACAGGCGUUUCUUCAAGUCUCCCAACUUUGAUGGCUGGUACCGUCAGAGGCACAAGGAAAUGACCCAGAAGCUGGAGGCCCUUCAUCUGGAGGCAAUCUGUGAAGCGAACAUUGUGGCCUGGAUGAAGGACAAGUCUGAGGUGGAGAUUGUAGACCUGGUGCUAAAACUUCGUGAGAAGCUGGUAAGAGCCAGGUGCCAGCACCUCCCUGUGAAGGAGGAAACUCUGCAGCGGGUGGGCCUGUACAUCGAGACCAUCAUUGGCUCCUUGCCGGAGGAUCUCCAGGCUGUGCUGCACCACCACUGAGCACGGUGGAGGGACUCUGUUGGAGAAGGAAGGGCCCUCCCAGACCGCUCCGAGCUGUGGGCACCUGCAGUUACGUUUGGAAAGGAAAGUUCUUCCCUGAUCCAGCCAGCAUGAGCUGAUCUGGACCUUGCUCACAACUGUGUGUGACUUCGAGCACGUGAGCGUGUGGGUCAGAACUGUAGCAGAAACGGGGA